AUGCCCCCCUUGCGACCCUGGGGUCCCAUUUUCGAGGAAAUCACCCUGCCGCAGAAUAGAAUGUCAUCGACCGUUUUCUCGAUGCUGCCCACAUCUCUCCAGUCCCGGCUCCCGCCGCUGCGGUCCAUCCGCAAGAGCGCCAGCAUGCAGACCCUCACCUCGAGCAGACAGUCGCACACCCGCUCGCUGUCGGGGCUCGACGGCGUGCACCCCAACAUCACUCAGGCCCGCAUCAUCUCGGAGAGCACCGAGGAGCACAUGAGCCUGGUGGCCACAGAGCACCACCAGUCGUCGCGGACGUACGAGAUGCGGGCUACGGCUGACAGGCACGAGCAGGACAGGCGUCAGGCGGAGCAGUUUCGCCAACAGCAGCAGGAGGCAGCGAGCCUUGCUCUGAUUGCAGUUGCUCAGGAUGAACUAAGGCAGCCCUCGCGGCGGCCAGCGGUCGACUUUGAACGGAAAGCAUUCCUGGACGGCGUCGAGUAUAUCCUCAAGGCGCUCCCAAGUGACCUGAACGAACACGAGCUCCACCGACUCCGCACGUCGACGCCCUCCAACUUCAUCCCUCCGGCCUCUGCCGGCGGCCGGGCGUACUCACCGUCGCGGGGCGCGCACCACGGGCGGUCGAUCCUUCACAGGGGCGUGCAGACGGCCGUCGUCAACAUCUUCCUCCUCAUUCACCUGGCACUACCGUAUAUCAUCCUCCUGCUGCGGCUAGCGGCCCGCACGGAGCGGGAGUACCGGAUAUCGGAAAACCUGGUGGGCGCGGGCAUGGGCCUCGCCAACGCCAUCGGCAGCAAGGGCAUGCGCAUAACGGGCGCCUUGUGCAACGUCGGCGACGGCAGGGUCGGCCAGGCACUCACGGAAGCCAUCGCCUGGACGGUCGAGGGCUUCACGGGCGGCCUGUCUGAUGGCGUCGGCGAGGGCUUGUCACUCGUGGCACCCAAGCGGCAAUGA